UUUUUCACAAAUUACGUGAAACUAAGUGAUUUUUGUCUUCUGAUCGUACAAUCCUGAGCAAUGGACAGGUCACCUGCCAAUGAUCUUCCUGAUCUUGACUUUUCAAGCCCAGGAAACACUAACAAACAUGUUGUGGUUGUGAUGGAUGGGAUGACAGAGUUCACCACUGAUACUCUUCAGUGGGCACUUGAUAAUGUCGUUACUGCUGGCUGCAUACUCACUCUUCUUGGAGUCAUGCCAUGGCUUAACAUUCCACUGUUUUUGAAGACAAGAAAUGAUUUUUGGACGGAGGAAUUGGAAGAUGCACCACCAGUGAAGGAGAAAAAUGGGUGUGGAAAUGAUGCCAAGUAUCUGAAGCGUCAAGCUGUUAUAGAUCUUUGCAGAAAAUACGGGGUUGUACCACAGAAGAAAAUUGUAAUGGGUUAUCCUCAACGACUGUUGGUUGUGGAGCAAGUUGCCACCCUUUGUCCAACAUGGGUGGUCUUUGACGGAUCACAUAAAAGGAACAAAGAUUUCUAUGCUAAAAAAAUUCCAUGCAACAUUUUCAUGGUGAAUGAUGAUGGAAGGGUUGACAUGAUCAAAAGCAGGCAGAUGAGUCAUAACGGCGAAAGCAUUUCUACAGAAUUGGCACUGUCUACGCCUCAAAUGACAGUUUCAGAGGAAUCAAAGGAUACUAAUAAGUGAAGAGAAGAUAUGGAUGACAAAACCAGCACUUUGUUCGUUAGGAAAAAUCACUUGCUCAACUAAAAGCACUAGUCACGCACGGAUAUAUUAUAUACCACCACACACUUGACAAUUAAGGGUGUUGAAACCUAAACUCACAGAAAUAGUGACCAGAGUGUUCGAUCGAUCGCAUACUAUUUUCAGAUAUAUGUAAUAAAAGUGUAAAAGUCUCUUUUACACUUGUUAAUCAUAAAUCGUCAUACGAUAAGUUUAUUUAUUUUUAUAUAAUUAUUUUAAAAAUUAUGUC